CCCAAGGUUGACGGCGCAUGGAAUCUGCACAAGACUCUCUCUUCUGAGACCCUCGACUUCUUCUCCUUCAGCUUAUUCGGGGCCAUGUUUGGGCAAUGGGGCCAGGCCAAUUACUGUGCCCCUAACACCUUCGUCGACCCCUUCGUCUCGAACCGGCACUCGCUCGGCCUUCCCGCGUCCACCAUCAACAUAGGCCUCCAGGCCGCCGCAUCUCACAUCAGUCAGGAGAGCGGCUUUUUGGAGUGCGCCGAGCUGAUGCUCAUGCGACCCGGGCCCAUACAGCAGCAGCAGGGGCAAUCGCGCUUUGUACAGCCCUCGCAGAUUGGCUUUGGCUUUCGAUCCACGCUGCCCAUCGCUUCACCCAGGAACCGCGUCGUCUUCCGCAAGGAUCCCCGCAUGCUAGUCUACCGCAAUCUCGAGGCCGACACGGGAUGGUCGUCGGCGCCGACGACGCAUGCACAAGCGGGCGCGGACCCAGCCGAUGAAGAACUGGCGAGAUUCCUGCGAGGCGCCGCUGCCCAUAUGGCCGUUCUGCACUCCGAUGAGGCGGCGGCCUUACUUGCGCGGGACGUAGGCCGUACCCUGUUUGGCUUUAUGCCGAGGCCCGAGGACGAGUUUGACGUGCACACGCCCAUGGCGGAUGUGGGCAUCGAUAGCCUGGUAAGUAUCGAGCUUAGGAAUUGGAUUAGGAAGAGGCUCGGGGUCGAGAUGAAUGUGCUGUAG